CUUAUUGGCCUCGCCAUUGUCGGAUUGGGGAUCUAUCUCCUGGUCUCGGGAUACGUUAGCAGCGCUUCUGGGGAAUUAAGUAUCCUGGCUUAUCCAUGCAUUGGAUUAACAAUCUUGGGGAUCGUUCCGGUGUUCCUCGCAGUAUGUGGUUGCUGGGGUGCACUUCGAUACAACAGAUGCUGUCUUGGAAUGUAUUUCACAUUCCUUUUGUUCGUUUUUGCUGCCGAAGUCGCUACUGGCAUCGCUGGUGUCAUUUUUAAAGACGAGGUGCGAACAUACAUUCUCAUGUAUCUGAAAAAAGCUGUUGAGGACUACCAACCUACUGAAAAAUUAACUUCCCUAGAUCUUGUGCAAGCCACUUUCCAUUGUUGUGGUUAUACGGGUCCAAGUGACUACGGCCAUAAACCAAUCCCUAAAUCCUGCUGCGGAUACACUGAAUGUGUCGUUUCUACCUUUCCAGUAAGUCAAUUGUUUACAAGCUUUAACGUCGAGCUACGUACCAUCGGAUGGGCAGAAAUCGUGAAAUCCGUUUUUCGAUUUGUGAAGCGCAAUUUUCUAUACACUUUGGUUUUCUUGUUUAUAAGAAAUUGCUUUUGA